ACCCUGCCCUUAAGCCAAACCACCAGAGUCUGACCAGUUGGCCUGAUUUCCCACCCCACCCCCAUCCCUGUUCUCCUUGCUCCCUGGGUCACAGGCCGGUUGGCCAAGGUGAGGGCCAAUGGCGGGUGGGGCUGGCAGGUGAGGGGUGCCCAGCUUUGGCAGGAUCAUCCACAGAAGGGCUUCCAGAUGUUGUGCCAGAGGAAACGUUGUUCAAUAUGGUGCUGAGGAAGAUUCACCGGCCCCGGAGUUAUUCUUACCAGCUGCAGCUAGAGCACAGGACGCCCCCCAGCCGAAUACAGGGUCUUCGAUGGACACCGCUUACCAAUAGUAAAGAGAGUCUGGACUUUCAUGUGAGCCUGGAACAGGCUACUUCAGAGCAGGUGCUUAGGGCUGGGAAGCUGCUGCAUAGGCAUCUUCUGGCUACCUGCCCCACCCUCAUACGAGAUCGGAAAUAUCACCUCAGAUUGUACCGGCAAUGCUGCUCGGGUCGAGAGCUGGUUGAUGGAGUCUUGGCCUUGGGGCUUGGAGUUCAAUCCCGAAGUCAAGCUUUGGGCAUCUGCCAAGUUCUCCUGAAUGAAGGAGCCCUUUUCCAUGUGAAACACGAGUGGGCCUUCCAUGACCGUGAUGCUCAUUUCUAUCGAUUCCCUGGGCCAGAGCCAGACCUGGACAGCAUUCAAGAGAUGGAGGAGCUGGCUGAAGCUAUGACAUUGCUGUCUCAGCGAGGACCUGAUGCUCUGCUCACUGUGGCGCUGCGUAAGCCCCCUGGGCAGCGCACAGAAGAGGAACUAGACCUAAUAUUUGAGGAGCUGCUCCACAUCAAAGCGGUAGCCCAUCUGUCUAACUCGGUGAAGAGGGAGUUGGCUGCUGUGUUGUUGUUUGAGCCAAGCAGCAAAGCAGGCACUGUGUUGUUCAGCCAAGGAGAUAAGGGGACCUCUUGGUACAUUAUCUGGAAGGGAUCUGUUAAUGUGGUGACCCAUGGCAAGGGCCUGGUGACAACCCUGCAUGAGGGAGAUGACUUUGGACAGCUAGCUUUGGUGAAUGAUUCACCCCGAGCAGCCACCAUCAUUCUCCGAGAAGACAACUGUCACUUUUUGCGGGUGGACAAGCAGGAUUUCAACCGUAUCAUCAAGGAUGUAGAGGCAAAUACAAUGCGUUUGGAAGAACAUGGAAAAGUGGUGCUGGUGCUGGAGAGGACCCCUCAGGGCAGUGGGUCCGACUGUCCCCUGAACCCAGGCAGGAACCGGUACACGGUGAUGUCAGGCACUCCAGAAAAGAUCUUAGAACUGCUGCUGGAGGCUGUGCGGCCAGACUCAAGUGCCCAUGAUCCCACAGAGACAUUCCUGGGUGACUUUCUCCUGACCCACAGUGUCUUCAUGCCUAGUGCCCAUCUCUGUGCUGCCCUCCUGCAUCACUUCCAUGCGGAGCCAGCUGGUGGCACUGAGCAGGAACGUGGUAUCUAUGUUUGUAACAAGCGGCAGAAGAUCCUAAGGCUGGUUAGCCAAUGGGUGACCCUGUAUGGCCCCCUGCUCCACAUAGACCCAGUAGCCCCCAGCUUCCUACAGAAACUCUCAGAACUGGUAAGCAGGGACACUCAGCUCAGCAAUCUGCUAAGGGAGCAGGGACCAGAAAGGCGGAGGCACCAUGGGUUGGAAAAUGGUGGUGGAAAUAUGUCACCACAAUUAAAGGAUCGAGUGAUUCCUGUCUGGUUCCCCAGCUGUGAUGAGCCCUUCCUCAACAACAGAUACGCCAUCCAAGCUCUUGACAAAGUUCCCUAUGACAUCUGCCGGCCAGACCACUCAGUUGUGACACUGCAUCUACCAGUGACAGCCUCUGUGAGAGAAGUGAUGGCUACACUGGCACAGGAAGAUGGCUGGACACAAGGUCAAGUGCUGGUGAAGGUCACCUCUUCAGGGGACACCAUUGGUCUACAACCAGAUGCCCGUGGUGUGGCGACAUCCCUGGGACUCAACGAGCGGCUCUUCAUUGUUAACCCACAGGAAAUGCACAAGCUGACUCCACACCCAGAUCAGCUUGGGCCCAGUGUAGGCUCAGCUGAGAUGUUGGACCUAGUGAAUGCCAAGGACCUGGCCAACCAGCUGACUGACCAUGACUGGAACCUUUUCAACAGCAUCCACCAGGUGGAGUUGAUCCACUAUGUGCUGGGACCACAGCAACUCCGAAAUGUCACCACCGCCAACCUGGAGCGCUUCAUGAGGCGUUUCAAUGAACUGCAGUACUGGGUGGCCACAGAACUGUGCUUAUGUCCUGCACCUGGUCUUCGGGCUCAGCUGCUCCGAAAGUUCAUCAAGCUGGCUUCUCACCUCAAAGAGCAGAAGAACCUCAACUCAUUCUUUGCUGUCAUGUUUGGUCUCAGCAACUCUGCCAUCAGCCGUCUUGCCCUCACCUGGGAGCGGCUGCCCCACAAAGUUCGGAAACUAUAUUCUGCACUCGAACAGCUACUGGACCCAUCCUGGAAUCAUCGUGUGUACCGAUUAGCGCUUACCAAGCUGUCCCCACCUGUCAUCCCUUUUAUGCCCCUCCUCCUCAAAGACAUGACUUUCAUCCAUGAGGGAAACCGUACACUGGUUGACAGUCUCAUCAACUUUGAGAAGAUGCGUAUGAUGGCUAGAACUGUACGAAUAUUACAUCACUGUCGAAGCCAUAGCUCUGUGCCUCUCUCACCCCUCCGGAGCCGAGUCUCCCACAUACAUGAAGACAGCCAGACCGUGAGGAUUUCUACUUGUUCAGAGCAAUCCUUGAGUGCCCGGAAUCUGGCUAGUUCCCGGGCAUAUAUCCAGCAGCUGAAAGUCAUAGACAACCAGCAAGAGCUUUCUCGGCUCUCCAGAGAACUGGAGCCUUGAUGGGCUCAAACCUGGAGAGGCAUAGCUGGGGAAGGUUGGAAGGGAUCCCUGGACCAACAGGUCCAAGAGCUGGAUGGAUUCUUCACUGAAAGUGUGGAUUUGAGGAACCAAAGCAGGCGGCAUGGAUCCAGCUGAUGGCUGACCAGUGAUGACUGGCAGCCCAGAAGAAAACUGAGUCAAGACUUAAAGCUCUGGAGUGAAGGAUGGUGGGAAGGCCUGGAAGAAUAGUGCAAUGGGAACAUGGGGAGCAAAGCCAUGUUCAAGGGAAAGCUCUAUACACUAGGCUUUUCCAAGUCUUUGACUGUUGAUCUUAUCAACUGACCAAGAUGGGAAGCUUGUUACAGACAGGUUUCCUAUAAUUUGUUCCAGUAGGGAGAGUGGAAAGGGGAAGGGAGUGAGGGUGGGGGAAGAGGGGGCUGCUGGAGCUUGGAAACUUUCUUGGAGGAACAGAGGUUCUGCUUUCUGUAUCGACUAACUUCCAUACAAUUGCUGUACAGAAGAGAGAGAAUCCCUGGGAUUCAGGGUGCCCAGUGAAUCAGCAAACACUUGUAUAUCUGGCAUGUCUAAGGCACUGUCCCUGUGAGCUGCAAGCACUGCAAAGAAGUUGGACAAUUUCUGACUUCUAAAAGCUUAUGGUACCAUUGGAGAGACAAGACAUCUGGGAGAUGGAAGGCUGUGUUUUUGAGAUGAUUCCUGCUAUGCAAAUAGGAAAAGGAUAGGGGUGUGUAAGAUACAACUCACAGUAUGAGCAUAAUUCUGCAUGCAUCAUAGAUGAGUAAUGUUUGAAUGAGCCCCACAGCCUCGAUACCCUUGAGACUGAGUCAGAAGAGAUGGACUAACCAUGUAUCUCUAGAGGGCUUUCGGCCUUUCUUCUAUUUUAUAUGGACAACUCCCUUGGCUUUCUCAACUAUUGCAUGGGAUUGUUAGGACAGUGAAUCCCCAGUGCACAAAACUCAGCCCCAAACCCUUCCUCUCUCCCCAUAGGUUUUUAAGUCCCUAUACUCUUUCUUGGAUUGUUUGGGUUGCUAGGUGUGCCUGGUAUAGUUCAUCAGCUGUAGAUUUGCCCUUCUCAGUAUGCCCAAUACCUAGGAGCUAGGUAGGGUGCUACUCAGCAGCUUCUAGGGGUGUGACCUAGGGCUGUAGCUUGUGACCAGUGUAAAAAGAAACAUUAGGGAGUGGCUCCCAUAUAUUUCCUCAAUGACACUGGGCCAGAGAAGCUGAGGCACAAAAAAGGGGAAACUAUUGUGAACUCUAAAACCUACCAAGAAGAGGGUGGUAAAGGCCCAAGAGGGGAACUAGAAAUAAUAAAUCAAGAUUCAUCAUCAAUGAUCAAACUCUUCCUAAUAAGCCCCAAUUGCCAACACUGAACUCAAACCGAAGAGACUUCAUCCUCCCUCUUCCUCCAUGACCAUCUGCAACUCCAAAGGACCAUUUGCUUCACAGAGAGCCAUUGUUCCUGGGUAGGAUCAUGCCUUUGGUUGCUGAAUUGGAUUGUCUAUAUAUAUAUGCCCAUAUGUCUGUGUCUUGAGGAAAGUUAAGGGAUUACCAAGCUGCAUCUCCUUCCCUUUCCUCCCUCCACUCCUCAAGAUGGUGCAGUGGAAAAUAUGCUGUAUUUGGAGUCAGAACACCUCAAUUCUAUUCCUAGUUUUGCUACUUACUUCCUGUGUGACCUUGGACUAGUCACAAACUCCACAGGGUCUUAGUUUCCUCAUCUGUAAGAUGAGGAGUUUGACUAGAUGAUUUCUAAGAUAUCUUUCACCUAUAAGUCUAUGAUGAUAUGCAGCUGUUCCUCAGCCAUGAAACCUUUAUGAGUGGCUUGGGAGGUAUGAGGCAGUGUGGACUAAUUGUGGGGUGUAAUAAGGAGGAGUCACAGCCUCCCCAGCAGGCUGAGCAGGAUCUGGUAGGAAAAGGCUAGUAAGGCUGGGGAACUAGAGUUUCUGAGGUAAUAGCAGUGCACUUCCCUUCAGCGUAACCCUUCCUAGAGCAUCUCUUUAAGCCAUCAUGGAGCCUUUGUUUCCAUAUUUUUUUCUGAGUCUCUAUAUUGGAAAGCAUCAGGGUGGGGAAAGACAGGGAACAUUACUCAUGCUCAUGCUUAGUUCUUUGAUCUUUAUAAGUCCUCAACCUUUGGCUGCCUUCUAAUUCUAGGUCCUUUCCA